CACGUGAGACCCAGGUGGCGGCGGAGCUACGGCAAGAGAGCGAGAGAAGGAAGGGGAAGUCGGAAGGGGUGCGAGUGAAGCAGAGGGAGGAAAGACAGCGUCCGAGAGGGCAAGGGGUGCGCGUGCGCCCGCUUCUUCCCCCAGCUCUCCCCUCGGCCCCGCUGCCCUCCCUCGCGGCCAGCCCCUGUCCCGGCUGCCCAUCCCACCCCGUCGCGGGGCCGGUUGCUACUCCGGCCCCAGGAUGCAGAAUGUGAUUAACACGGUGAAGGGAAAGGCACUGGAAGUGGCUGAGUACCUGACCCCGGUCCUCAAGGAAUCUAAGUUUAAAGAAACAGGUGUAAUCACCCCAGAAGAGUUUGUGGCAGCUGGAGAUCAUUUAGUCCACCACUGUCCAACAUGGCAAUGGGCUACCGGGGAGGAGGUGAAAGUGAAGGCAUACCUACCAACAGGCAAACAAUUUUUGGUAACCAAAAAUGUGCCAUGCUACAAGCGGUGCAAACAGAUGGAAUAUUCAGAUGAAUUGGAAGCUAUUAUUGAAGAAGAUGAUGGUGAUGGGGGAUGGGUAGAUACAUACCACAACACAGGUAUUGCAGGAAUAACUGAAGCAGUUAAGGAGAUUACACUGGAAAGCAAGGACAGUAUAAAACUCCAAGAUUGUUCAGCACUAAGUGAAGAGGAAGAAGAGGAAGAUGAAGGAGAAGCUGCAGAUAUGGAAGAAUAUGAAGAGAGUGGAUUGUUGGAAACAGAUGAGGCUACCCUAGACACAAGAAAAAUAGUAGAAGCUUGUAAAGCUAAAACUGAUGCUGGAGGUGAAGAUGCUAUUUUGCAAACCAGAACUUACGACCUUUACAUCACUUAUGAUAAAUAUUACCAGACACCACGACUAUGGUUGUUUGGCUAUGAUGAGCAACGGCAGCCUUUAACAGUUGAGCACAUGUAUGAAGACAUCAGUCAAGAUCAUGUGAAGAAAACUGUGACCAUUGAAAAUCACCCUCAUCUCCCACCACCUCCUAUGUGUUCAGUUCACCCAUGCAGGCAUGCUGAGGUGAUGAAGAAAAUUAUUGAGACUGUUGCAGAAGGAGGGGGAGAACUUGGAGUUCAUAUGUAUCUUCUAAUUUUCUUGAAAUUUGUACAAGCUGUCAUUCCAACAAUAGAAUAUGACUACACAAGGCACUUCACAAUGUAAUGAAGAGAGCAUAGAAUCUAUCCUAAUUAUUGGCUCUGAUUUUUAAAGAAUUAACUCAUAGAUGUGACCAUUGACCAUAUUCACCAAUACAUACAGUUUCUCUAAUAAAGGGACUUAUAUGUUUAUGCAUUCAAUAAAAAAAUGUUCCACUACCAGCCUUAUUUGUUUAAUAAAAAUGAGUGUAAAGAGAA